AUGUAUAAAAAUACCUUUCAGAGCGGAUUCUUGUCUAUUUUGUACAGCAUCGGCAGCAGACCUCUUCUCAAAUGGGAUAAAAAGGUACGAAAUGGACACAUUAAGAGAAUUACAGAUAAUAACAUCAACUCCUUGGUGCUUGAGCUUGAAGGUAACAAUGUCAGCACUACUUACAUUACAUGUCCUGCUGACCCAAACCAGACAUUGGGUAUCAAGCUCUCAUUUUUGGUUAUGAUCAUCAAAAAUCUAAAUAAAUAUUUUACCUUCGAAGUUCAGGUGCUCGAUGAUCAAAAUGUCAGGCGAAGAUUCAGGGCAAGUAACUAUCAGAGCUCAACACGGGUGAAAACGUUCAUCUGCACAAUGCCAAUGCGGCUGGACGAUGGCUGGAACCAGAUUCAGUUCAACCUGUCAGACUUCACCAGGAGAGCAUACAGCACCAACUACAUCGAGACGCUCAGGGUUCAAAUCCAUGCCAACUGCCGCAUAAGGAGGAUAUAUUUUUCGGAUAGACUUUACGCAGAAGAUGAGUUACCAACAGAGUAUAAACUUUUUGUGCAAGUUCCAAACACAAAGGCAAAGCAGUAA